AUGCAAGAGGAAAUCGAUUCAGUGGUAGGCAGGGAGAGGACUGUAAAUGAGCGUGAUAUAUCUAGCUUGGAGUACGUGCAGUGUGUAGUGAAGGAGACACUGAGGUUAUAUCCAGUGGUACCCUUAAUGCUUCCACAUGAAUCCACAGAAGAUUGCACAGUUGAUGGAUUCUUCAUUCCUGAGAAAAGCAGGCUUAUUGUCAAUGCUUGGGCUAUCGGAAGAGAUCCAUCCUUGUGGGAAGAUCCCCUGGAGUUCAAGCCAGAGAGAUUUAUGGGUAAAAACGUUGAUGUUGUGAGAGACAAAGACUCUUUUGAUAUGGUGCCAUUUGGAGCAGGAAGGAGAGGAUGCCCAGGGGCAAGCAUGGCCGUUGUGACGAUGAACCUUGUAUUGGCUCAACUCGUUCAUUGGUUUGAGUGCAGCGUGGAUGGGGAUUUGGAUAUGACGGAAGUCUUUGGAGCUGCCACGCCCAGGAGUGUCGACCUUCUUGUCCGUCCUACACUGAGUGAAUUUAUUCCUAGUCAUCCAUUGAGAGAAAAGAGGGUUGUUGGAAAGGCGGAACCUGUUUGCGCACCAGAGCUUAUUACAGAGUCCAUUUGGAAGGCAUUGGCCAAAUCUGGUGACGGUGGUGAAAUUUUGGAUUACCCAAGUGUAGAAGAGUUGGUUUGCAAAGCCAGGGCUCCUGUGAAGAAGGAAUAUUUGAGGGUUGGUCCUUCUAUAAGGCCUAUUAAUAAGAAAGUUUUAGUAGAGAAGAAAUUGAAAAGGUAG